CGCAAGGGUAUACAUGUAAAAAAAUUAAUACUUUUUUAUAUACAUUAUGUGCUAAAAGAAGAUCAAAGCAUGGUGAAAAAGUAUGAUAUCAUGCAUCCCAAUCAACUACCAUCGCUAUAAUUAUAUAAAGCCAAAUCUAUGAAGAUGUUGAAUUGGAUAAAGUUUAACUAUCUAUCUCCCACACUUGGUGUUUUUUUUUCUGAAGAUAUUUAACAUAAAUAAAUCCUAGAGAAGAAACAGAUACACUGGAUCACCAAGUAUGUUGCGCAGAGUGCAAAGAUUUUGUUGAUGGCACUGUGCUAACCUCAUACUGGUCUCCCUUUAUCUUUCAGUUGGAUGAGAAAUGUAGACUUUUGCUGAAAAACUUGCUUGAUGAUGCUACUCAAAGGGCUCUCCAGUCUCAAGCUAAGGUAAUUUCAUGGACUUAAAACCCUUCACAUUCUUUCAUUUAUGUGCGCUUUUUUUUUUUCGUGUUUUCGGUUUUAAUGAGGAGACUUCUCCCUCUUACGUGCAUGCAUUUUGGCAGAUUGUGUCCUGCACGCCCGACCCCACCGCGUCCAACGCGAAAUCCCAUGAGGCGACCAAAUCAAGCCCCGCACGUGACAGUAUAAGAAAAGUGUCCCAAUGUCCAGAUAAUCUUCGAAAAUGCCACCAUGCCGAAAAGAGCGAAGCCCACGGGCCAAUUGUUGAAGCUACGCCCAGCCCACAAAGCCCACAACUUGGAAUCCCUCCAGGGGCGGAAGCGCAAACAGAGUCGAAGGCAUGCCCAAAUUGCCAUCUCAAGCGGCUCGAGUCGGAAAGAUCGAUGGCAGGCCCAGAUGGGAGAGCCCGCCAACACCGUCAGAUUCAUCGCGAGCCUGAUCGAGUUAGCAUCGACCGUUCGUCAAAAGCUGCGAAGAACAGCAACCGUGUAUCCGCAGAACACGGGAUGAGAGGUACGCCGGAACCCGACUCACGAGAAAAGCCACGUCAGAGUCAGAGCCCACCGAGUCGGGCCCGCUUGGCUGACAUCCCAACUCGGAGAACCAUGAGCCAGAAGCGGAGCCGGGUUGAGACCAGCGAUCGCCGUUCCGACGCCGAAUCGACUCGGAUGAAGGGAAGCCAACACGAGUCAACUCGUCGUACGGUGAGUCCAAAGGACGGACGGCCAACAAAGACCUGCCUGUCAGAUCGAACGGCUCGGAUUCACCAAGUGGAGAAGAGGAAAGGAGCGAGUCCCACCCUAAAGAUGGAUCCAGUAAUUAGACAACUCGGCGGGCGCACUCUCGCUAGAGCUGAGGAGGCACCGAGUCGUCGCAGAAGUCCGAGUCGGAAAGAGCACGUAAACCGGGUCCCACCGGACCGGGAGCUUAGCACGCGUUCAGUGCGCCACGUGGGAGGAUACCAGGUGGGCCCACAUAGAAGAAUGCUUCCACCGCCAAUACCGAGGAGGGAAUCUAUAGUGUACUCGUCGCUGAGCGACACAAUGACAACUCAGUCCGACUCGUCAGCGAGCGAGGUAUCGCUUGCUAGGAGAGCGGGCCCACCUACUGCCUUCCCCGCCAAGGCCCAGAUCGUGCCACGUCGGAUGCCGAGUCGACACGCGCCUGUGCCGAGUCGAGAUCGGAGCCCAUCCAAGCGGGUUCCAGAGCCGCGUCGGAGGCUGAGUCAUCACCGAGCGAUGCGCCCAUCUCGUGUAUCAGCGGGUCCCGCCAAACCGGACCGCGGUUGGAAGCCGGAGAAGCAAGAUGGACGGCUGAGAAGAUUCAAGGACAAGCUGGCGAUCAUCUUCCAUCACCACCACCAUCAUCACCAUCACCACCACCUAGGACAUGUGGACGGUGGCGAUGAUACUAAAAAAGGUGGGGCCCGUCAUCACAGGUCACCGUGGAAGCAUCUUGGGAGGAUUCUCCACCAGAGGAGCGAAGAGGGGCAGGGGAAGUUGUUGACGGAGGUGCACGCGGAACGAGCGGCGGACAGGGCGCCAGCACGGCAUCAGCACGGAUACUUUCGCGAGUUUCUGGAAGCGCUGGUGCGGCACGUGUGGAGGUCGAGGAAGAAGAAGGCGGUCCGGGCCGACCGGGGCCGGUUGGGGAGGUCGGCCAGCCGGGUUCGGGUGAAGAAGCUGCACUGGUGGCAGCGGUUUAGGAGGCGUGGUGGGGUCAAACUGACCAAUGGUAAGAAGCCACGUCUCAGGCUGCGCUUUAGCAAGACAAAUCCUCGAACCUCAAAGAGGCCAGCGGCCGUGUAAUUUCCUCUAUCAAAAAUAUAUAUAACAAAGUAAACUUCGAUGAAUUCAUCAAAUGGUGGUGCGUGAAAUGUAUAUGAUUUCUGUCAUGUUUUUACCAUAUUUCUAAGACACUGGAAACUUUGGCGAUGCGUGAAAAAACAUGACACGCAUCCCACGUCCGAUUGCAGAUGCAACAAGAGUUGGAUAAAAAACCAGCGAAGCAUACCUUUGCCUUCAAGAAGACCUUUUUGUUCUUCUUCUCAAACAUACAGGCUUUUGAAUUCCCACACUAUCAAUCUUUUGUGGCUUAUAAAGGAAUGCUUCUUUAACUCAUCCUCAUCAAGCAACGAUGCAACUGAUGAACUUAUUAAGCCUUGCUAAGAAAACACAAGCAAAGAUACAAAAAGCUGUUAGGAAAAACCCCUUCACUAGAUGAAAAUUUUUCUAUCUUUGUGUGAGUAGAAUGAGAAUAUCACAAUAAUUAAUCAAUGUAAGAACUACCAAAAAAUCAAACCACAAGAAAGCGACAAGAAUUUUUAAGGUGGACAACCCUCUAAUAUGAGGAGAAAAAACCACCGGACCUAAGUCCACCACAAACCUCCACUAUCAACAAUAAUAGGCUUAUAAAGUAUCUUCUCUAGGCUAAGCUAGAGGAUCACAUACAUCAAGGAUCUCUUCCUUGGAUCACAAACAAAGA